AUGUCAAGGACGCUACUAAAAGAAUUUAUCGAAGAUGUUGAAUGCGGCGAUGAUGGCAAAAGAAGGCUUUCGUCCAGCAAAAGCAAGAAGAUGACAAAACAGCAACAAAGGGCGAAGAUGAUACUAGCUGCGGCGAAGAGAGGACAGGUUUCACUUCCCGAGACUGAAAGCUAUCUGAUCGAUGACCUGCCAUCCACGAGUUUAAAUACUAAGCUUGCUAAUCAGGGGUUUUCGCUCUUGGAGCAGGCUCGCGCUGAUCGACCUACUGACUUGGCGGCCCGAAACAUGCGUUACAUCAAACACGUGCGAAAGAAUGCGGUGGAUCCAAAAAAGGGCAAUUUCGUCCACGCAAUGAUGACUGGUCCUGAAUCAAGAGCGACAAUCGUUCGGCAAGAGCGGGCGAAAAUUACGGGUCUUCGUGAGCCCAAGAAAGACAAGAAGCAGAAAGAAGCGAGCGGUUCGGUGUUCAGCGACAAGGAUUUCGAUGUUCUGAAGCGGAAGAAGCUUGCGGCGAUGGAUGAUAACGAAGAAUGG